AUGCCGAUGCAUCCUUGGUACGGAGAAACCGAGCGAUUUCCUUGCCCUCAUGAUUCGGAUCCCCACUCCGGUUUUGCACAGAAGUCUUCUCUUCCUACCAUCCACGAGACUGCCACCCAAGGCUAUCCGAUAGAAAACAUGGGUCAUAUCGAUCAAUUCAUCACCCCCUGUGGUCGACUCGUAGCCCAAAGUGCUCUAUUAAAAACUCCACUGCAGUCAAUCUGUUGUGAUAGCCCACCGAUGAGUGAACAAGAGUCCAGCACACCAUCCCCAGGAAUGACUCCCCACGAUGGAAAAUCGGGUCCUACCGAUUUGGGGUGCGCUCACUUUCACCGGGACACUUUCUCCGUUAGUGCCCCAUCAUUAUCGGAGAACAGGCCGUUUCCCUCAGUGUCGGCACAAGAGGAAAGCUUCUUUGGAAAUCAGCCCGGCCAAGCCGACAACAUCUUUCCACUGGGAGGCCACUUUAGGAACCCGUUGUUGAGUCACAAUCCCUUCGAACCCAACCACGACGAACUUUUAAUCUCUACCACUAUCUACGGCACCUUUUGGUUGCCGCACCAUACGGCGGGCCCAGUCCACAUGGAACCUUGGGUGUCUAAACUCGGUACCACAGAACAUACCAGUGAUGAGUUUGGCUCAGGCUUGCCUUCCAUCCAGUUCCCGCAAACAUUCGAGGGUGGGAGAGGCAGCAACUUGGGCGCUUCUGAGCAGAUGGAUCAAGAGUUGAUAGAAAUACGCCAAAAACUGAGAGCAUUAGAGGAGAGCAGAGCCCAGAGGAGGUUGAAUAGGUAG